AGGCAAGGGCCAGAAAGCCCAGAGAAACUUCCCAUUUUCAUUCCAAAUGUGAUGCUCCAGGAUUCUAGCCUUAAAUGUCCCCUCCUAUCCCCUCCCCCCCCAACUCCUUCCAUGUGUCCAGCUGCCUGGGACUCGGGCCUGGGUACAGUACACUGAGGCAGCAGAGGUCGGGGUAAGCGAGAGUGCUUACCUGGCCUAGCCGCCCCCUCCGUUUGCAAACCUCCUUCCCCUUCCCUUUCCUUCCUCCCCCCUCCUCCCCCCAACUCUCUGGAAGCAGCAAGCUCUAUAGGCGAGGAAAGAACGACCCCUGCAGUUUCAUUGCGGGAAAAUCUCAGCGAUACGGUUGAUGGGGAGAGGAAAUUGUAGAAGCCAGGGAGCCGGGGAGAAAUAAAUGUAUAAACGAAUGAAAGCAAGGGAAAUAAAUAGAUGAAUAAAUAAGGAGUAUGUGACUCAGGCGCCACGGCCCAUAUCCCUCAGGAAGGAGCUUGAGCCAAGGCCGCGCGCACUUUCCUCUCCCUAAAGGAUUCUUCGCCCAAGGAGAGGAGCCCCGAAGAACCAUGCCUUGGUAAGGUGGGCGGACUUCGAGGGCAACUUGUAGCUGACCGCCUGGGCACCAAGAGAACGAACGCAGGGGAAGGCAUUCGACCACGCGGCCCACUGGGGGGCUGUCGUCUAUGUCUUGUUGGGGGGCCUGGUGGAUUGGGGUCUCGCUUUCUGGAGCUAGAGUCCAGCGCUGGUGGCCUCAGGUGGAGGCUGCUGCUGCUGCUGCUGCUUCUGCUGUCGCUGCUUUCGAGAGCCCAGGAAAUAGAGGAGAGAGACCGUCGGGGCAGCGAAACAUUGGACAUGUGUCAGCACAUCUGGGGAAUAGAUCCUACGAGCUCGAGGGGAGAUUUGCUGGAACAAUUCAAACUGCGAUAUUGAUCUUGGGGGUGGUAGUCAUUGGCCGGCUUUGGGGUGGGAGUGCGUGUGUGCGCGCGUAAGAGAGUGUGUGUAUGUGUGUGUGUGUGUGCGCGCGCGCGUGUGUGGUGGUGGGCUCCCCCCUUCCCCUUCCCCCCUUUUUUUUCCGUCGAGUGAUGCACUUGGAAUGAGAAUCGGAGGAUGGAAAUAGUCUGGGAGGUGCUUUUUCUCCUUCAAGCCAAUUUCAUCGUCUGCAUAUCAGCUCAACAGAAUUCACCAAAAAUCCAUGAAGGCUGGUGGGCAUAUAAGGAGGUGGUCCAAGGGAGUUUUGUUCCAGUUCCUUCCUUCUGGGGAUUGGUCAACUCAGCUUGGAAUCUUUGUUCUGUUGGAAAACGACAGUCACCAGUCAACAUAGAAACCAGUCAUAUGAUCUUCGACCCUUUCCUAACACCGCUACGCAUCAACACUGGUGGCAGAAAGGUCAGUGGGACCAUGUACAACACAGGGAGGCAUGUGUCCCUCCGACUUGACAAGGAACAUUUGGUCAAUAUUUCCGGAGGACCCAUGACAUAUAGCCAUCGCCUGGAAGAGAUCCGGUUACACUUUGGAAGUGAGGACAGCCAGGGAUCAGAACAUCUACUUAAUGGACAGGCUUUCUCUGGGGAGGUUCAGCUAAUCCACUAUAACCAUGAGUUAUAUACAAACGUCACAGAGGCUGCAAAAAGUCCAAAUGGAUUGGUAGUAGUUUCUAUAUUUAUGAAAGUUUCUGAUUCAUCAAAUCCAUUUCUUAAUCGAAUGCUCAACAGAGAUACCAUCACAAGAAUAACGUAUAAAAAUGAUGCAUACUUGCUUCAGGGACUUAAUAUAGAGGAACUAUAUCCUGAGACCUCUAGCUUCAUUACCUACGAUGGGUCAAUGACUAUCCCACCCUGUUAUGAGACAGCAAGUUGGAUAAUAAUGAACAAACCAGUCUACAUAACCAGGAUGCAGAUGCAUUCCUUACGACUGCUCAGCCAGAAUCAGCCAUCUCAGAUCUUUCUGAGCAUGAGUGACAACUUCCGGCCUGUUCAGCCACUCAAUAACCGUUGCAUCCGUACCAACAUCAACUUUAGUUUACAAGGGAAAGACUGUCCAAAUAACAGAGCCCAGAAGCUACAAUAUAGAGUAAAUGAAUGGCUGCUCAAGUGAAGAAACCAGACCCAGAUGAAUUCCACCUCAGUGAAAUCCUACAACUGUGAAAUGACGUAACCUAGAAUGCCCCCCUUCCCUUCCCUUUCCCUUCUCCUCUGCCCCAAGCUUCAUUCAUUCUCUGGACUGGUCCUUCCUACAUGACAGUAGCUACAAGCCUGUGACACAGGAAAGACUCAGACACACAUAGACACACACCCGCAUACAUAAUUCAAACAGACACACAAAAGCUGCCAUGAUGGGAAGUCGAGUUAUUUUUAAAAAUAAAAAAGGUAAUUCAUAAGAGAUCUGUCUUAGAAGAUAAUAACUUCAGUAAAUGUGAUUACAAUUUUGAUACCUUUUUUCCUGAACUAAUGAAACUACACAGUGAGACUUUUCAGCCUUUGUAUAUAUGAAAUCUUCCCAAAAGAGAGAGAAUGAAAAAAAAGAAAAAAGAAAAACACAGCUUCUCCAGCAUCAGAUGGACUUUUCUAUUUAUCAAGUAACCCUGGACAGCUGCCCUAGCAUCCUCUCCCUAAGGGUGGCUGGCAAGUCAGGAUAAAGAAGGUGGUUGAUGAAACUAAUUUCUAGAUUAUGAUCAUUCUGUUUAUUUACUUAAAAAAAGGUUUUAACAGACAAAUGUCAAGCGAUACGCAUUGUAAAUAUAACACUGCAGACUAUUGAGAAAUUGAAUUCUUUCCCUCUUUGUCACAUAUCUGUAGUAGGAUUUGCCAAGAUCAGAAUUGAUUCAUUUUCUGUUCCUUGUUUUCCAAAGGUCAUUCAUUGUGUUUGGUUACUGUUAACAACUCAAUAAAUGUGUUUAACAAGUUAA